AUGGGCACAAACAUGAACACCCUACUGCGCCAAAUGGGCGCCAGCAACCCCGACGGCACGAGAAGAGUCGCCCUCUGGGCGCUGUCGUCGACGGGCCUGCCCAAGAGGGACAUCCCGAGAGCUCUGGCCGACUUCGCAUCCGUCGGGUACCUAUGUGAGGAGACGCACGGGGUAAGGGGCGACAGAAGGUCGGAGAUAGCGGGCGUUAUGGUAUGCAUCGACCCGAGGCAACUUCGAUUCCUCAACGUCGGGCAGCGUAAGCAACGACACCGGGUGGUGAGGACAGGACGUAUCCUCCGGGUGCGGCUGGGAAUAAUGGGCGCGACAGCAGACGACGACUUCGACGUCAUGGCAUGCUACAUGCCGACACGGGGCGCGCAACGGAGGGGCGGACAGGAGAGCAGCGAGGCCAGCAGACAGAGGCGCGACACGAGCGGGGGGGCACACAGCGGCGGACAGGGGGAUGCCGAGCCUUCGAUCAGGGUGGUCGUCGCCGGAAGCCGACGAGCGGAGACGCGCGACACGGGAGCGGACACAGUCCCGCGCCCCUUGCCAGUCAACAUCAUGAGAGGCACCGGGCUCGGCAACCCAUUCCCCAUGGGGAAGAGAGGCACCGACGAGGCGCUGCGCGACCAGGUAUGCGAGGCAUUCGACACGUGGCUCCGGCUGCGCACCGUUCCCGCCUCGGCCGUGUGGGACACUAGAUCCACGCCAGCGCUCAUCCGACAGGCCAACGGGCAGCCCUUCUCACAGGAGAUCGCCCCUCGACGCUCCGACGAAGCUAGGACGGGGAACGACGCCGUCGUGGCGAUGCGGGCCGCGCUGAACGGCCGCGGCAACGCCAAGGUGGUGCGGCUCGGAUGCUCGCCCUCGUGUCGAGAGGGGAGGCUGUGCCACGGGGACAGCCUCGCAGCCAUGGCGCGAGAGCUCAUCGGCGUACGAGACGAGCGGCGUAGAGAGGGGCAGCAACGUGGAGACGCCCCAAAGCCACGCAAGCCGAGGGCAGACAAAGGGGUGCCGAGAGGCCCGCGAGCCCUCAAAGGCACAAAGGCAUACCAGAUCGGGCACCUCAGUCUACUGCGGUUUCGGCUCGGGCGCGAGAGGCAAGUGUCACAGCGGACCCUCGACGCAGUGCGCGAGGCGCAGGGAGCUGGGGUCGAGCCGUGGAACACGGCAGACAGCCAAGGCAGCCAACGGGCGCCCAGGAAGGGCCAACGGAACCGAAGAGCCGCACGACGCUUCCUGGACCGACUCCGUUUCGAACUCCUACAAGGAGGCAGCGGCGGGGACGGACACAGACACCCCGAAGACGCCAACGACGGCGACGAAGAUGGAGAGAGGAGCGAGGACGAAGAGAUGCCCGACCGCACAACAGAGCCAGGGCCGAGCGAGCAACCACCCGAAACGGGCCAUCCAAACGAGAAGGCAGCCAGGCAGACGACGAAUUUACAGUGA